AUGUCGCUAUCGGAGCUAUCAAUUCUGUCCGCGGAGACCGCCAUCAGUUUCCACGAAAUGGAUCUGGAGCUUCUGAAAGAGAGCCAAAAAGAGAUGAAAGUGAAGAGCAACGAGCCGGUGCGACGAGCGGAAACGCAUUCGGAGGGAGAUUGGAAGAAGGAAGAAGGGCCGGCCGGACCGGUCGUGUUCCUCGCCGUCGACGAUCAGAAUCUGUCGAACGGAGGCGACGAGAACUCGUACGUGUUCGAGAAGCUCGUGUUCCGAGUGCAGCAGACCGUCGAGCACGGCGUCCGUCGCGUCCAUCUGAUGGUCCAACCGAGCACCGCCGCCCAGUGGGAGCUCCUCGUGCAGCUCAGAAUCAAGACUGGGUUGGAGUGGAGUGUUCUGAAUGUUGUCGACAAAGACGUCUUCAAAUUCGAUUCCUUUUCUCAUCCUCUGAACGUGGAGGUGCAGACGAACGACGUGAAGUAUCUCAAGAUUGAAAUGAGAGUUUUGAACUACGUAGGUUCCAUUCCAUAUCUUCUUCUUUUUUCCAUCACUCCAUGUAUUUCAGAUGUACUUGGAUCUGCCCACUUUCACCGAUGGAGAUGAAGUCAUUGAGUUCGAAGACGGAUCCCGCAUUCUGAUUCAUUCAAACAUCCUGGCCGUCCUCUCCGAGUUCAUGGGUAAUUCUGAAUCCCUGGAACGUUUUUUAAUCUCUUCAUCAGGAAAGUUCGAGAAAGAAGCGGCGACCCGCGAGAGCGGCCCCGUGAUCAGAGUGCAGUCCGUUCCGAAGGAGGCGUUCCUCGAACUGCUCUACCAGGCGUAUCCCACCCGUCGUCCCAUCUAUGCAAGCUUCCGCCGUCUCGCCGCCGCUGCAGUCGGAUUUCAAUGCGAAACUCUCGUUUAUCACUUGUCGAAGCACAUCAUCGAGUACAACUACAGACCGGUAAACUUCCUUUUGUUAUAUAGAAUUGCCCUCUCGCUUUCUUUUUCUUCAGAUGACGUUCCUUGAUCGUUUCCGUGCUGCUCUCGAGAACCGUCUGGAGCCGGCCAUCCGAGAGCUUGCCUUCCGAGCGGCUUUGGACGGAACCUGGGACCGAAUGGUCCAGUCUGGAUUUGAACCGGAGACCUACUGUUCUCGUCAGGAGCUCACGAAAAUUGUGUGUCCGGCGAUUCUGGCGGGGAGAAGUGCGAGACCUCAUGCCACGAGCCUGUUCCCUCCGGCCCACACGUUGAACUUCCUUGAGAUUGAGGAGGGAGACACUUCCAAGUCGGCGAUUCUGUUCCGUGGAACCAAUUUCUAUGUGAACAGUGGACUGCUGGCCGCCCAUGGAAAGGGGUCUCUGAGCACGGGUCAGAACGGAGCCCUCAUCGCUCUUUAUACUCCUGAUUUCCAUCGCGAAUGUGCGAUAAACAAUCUGAUUCCGGGAAAAGUGUUCCUCCAGCUGCUGACCUACAUGCAUCCGAUGGGCGAAGUUCCCGAGCCGGACAUGAUCCGCGCUUGCGUCGUCUUCGCUCACGACCACGGAUGGAACAUUGUGAAGGAGAACCUGGAGCAGGAGUUCGAGCCGCCGACCACUGCGGCCGAGUACAUGUCCCAGCUGGCGUUCGCCGAUAAGUUCGACUUGCAAAACUUGAAACGCGUCAACAUUCAGAGAGCCGAGUCGAGGUGAGCACGAAACAGAAACAGAUGGGGAAGAUGGUGUUUUCAGUUGUCUUGACCUGGCCGUGAUCCUGGAGACAGAGGGAACACUGCAGUUUCUGAAGGAGAGCACUCGCGAGGGAAUUCUGGACAGAAUGUGCAGUGGCUGGGGUCUCAACCCGAUGAUCAACCGCCUCUCCACCAGGUGAAUACAAUCUCCUUCUUCUCUUUUCCAAUCGUCACCUCUUCAGAUAUCCGACGACGUUCUACAACCGCACCGUCAACCUGCAACGUGGCAAGGCUCUUGUCGUCGGAGAAGGAAGAGCCGUCGACACUCUGAACUCGCUCGCCUCGGAUCACGCAUUCGGAGAGCCACUCGAGCUGGUCGUCGUCGAUUAA